GACCGCUUCCUAGUUCUGCUGCGAUGCCUGCAUUUCGUCAACAAUGCUACUGCCAUCUUAAGUGACCCGUUAUACAAAAUAAGAAAUGUUCUAACCAGCCUGACAUCAGCAUUUGGUCGGGUCUUUGUGCCAUACAAGGACCUAUGCAUUGAUGAGUCCCUGAUGUUAUGGAAAGGUAGGCUGGCGUUCCGUCAAUAUAUUCCCUCCAAAAGGCACAGGUUUGGAGUCAAGUUCUUUGUCAUGUGCGACGUGAAGACAGGAUUUGUCCAGGAUAUUAUAGUUUACACAGGGUCCACCACUGACAUCAAACAUUAUGAGGGGCUUGGGGUGUCCGGGUCCGUAGUGAUGACCAUGCUGGCUCCUCAUCUCGACAAGGGACACACUUUGUACAUGGACAAUUGGUACAGCAGUCCCACACUCUUCCAGCAUCUGCUCUCCAACAGCACAGGGGCCUGUGGCACAGUCAGGUCGAACAGGAAGGGG